CGCGCGACGGGAAGCAUUCGUCUGAUCGAGUCGAUAGUGUUAAGAUGUCAGAGACCGUAGCAAUGGAAAGUGUCGCUUCUACCAAGAAAAAAGCUUCCCGGCAGAGGUCAAAGAGCAAAUCCAACCACCCGAAAAUAUCUCAGAUGGUCAACACGGCCAUCGUGGAUCUGAAAGAUCGCGGAGGUUCCUCCCUGCAGGCCAUCAAGAAGUACAUCGCAUCGAAUUACAAGGUGGACGUAGAGAAAUUGGCACCCUUCAUACGCAAACAUCUGAAAAUGGCAGUGGUGGACGGUUCCCUCAUCCAAACCAAAGGAAAGGGAGCCAGCGGUUCCUUUAAAGUGGGAGCUUCCGGAAAGAAGACCGAGAGCAAAUCCGUUCAGAAGGUGGCACCCAAGAAACCAUCAACCAAAUCGAAACCCAAAGUAAAUAAGGCUAAGAAAGUCGCCGUUAAAUCCAAACCGAAAGCCGCUUCUAAAGCUAAAAAGGUCACCAAGGUCAAGGUCAAGAAAAGUCCCGCCAAAGCUAAGGCACCUCGACCCAAAAAAACCAUGAAGAAGGGAAGCCAAUCGUCCAAAAAAGCACCCAAACAGUCGAAAGUUGCUUCUAAAGAGUGAAUUUUAUUAUUAUUAUUAUUAUCAUUUUUAAAUUUGUGAGUAGAACUUUUUCGAAUUUGAAUUCGUUUUAGAACUUAAUCUUAAUCGUUUGUGACGUCACACGAUUAAAGUGCGAUUUUAAAAAAAGCACUAGAAUCCUGAUCUCACACGCAUUUGUAAAUAUUCAUAUUUUGUGUUUUAUUUUUAUGUAUAAAAACAUUCGAACGUUUUGUAAAUAAUAAUAAUAAUAAACACUACAUUUUUUGAAACUGUUUUAUU